AUGAAUCAGCCUCAACGGAGUCUUUCAAACUUAGGAAUGUCUAAAUCUCACUAUAUCCCAGAAUAGAAUAGGACAUCAAGUGCAUUCUAUAAAAGAGAUGACCAAAGCAGAUUGGAUUAGUAGUUGGCCAGAUAUGAAGAGUUCAAGAGAAAUUACAAGCGAAACGAAUUAAAAUAUUCUUAUUACCAACAAUAUCCUAGGGACAUGAAUUAAUCCUUUGUGGAAGAACGAUACUAGAAUUCCUACAAUCCUCGAUCCAACUAUAAUAAUAAGCAUCUACAGACACAGCAAUAUGAAUAUGAUAGGGAUUUUUACAAAAAGGACAUCAAAUAGGAUUCACCCAUCAAAGUUGAACUCAGCUACACUGCUCCUAACACUACAAAAAAAGGAGUUGUCUCUGACACAGCUGCUUACUUAAGAGAAAGAGAAACAAUAAUGAAUUCUUUUAUGACUCAAGAGGAAAUUCAAAGAAUCAAAAGGAUUUACUAUAGAAAAUGA